GUGACCACUGCCCUGCCAGGAUCUCUGAUGAGGGACCUAGUGGUCAUGAUAAGUUUGUACCCAGAGUUCCCGGAGGAAGUGAUGUCAUCACUGGCAUCUCGAGGCGAGUUUGUUUUUGUGAUUGACAGAUCAGGCAGUAUGGGCAGCGUGAUGCAUCAUGGGACAAGAGCACAGAAACGCAUUGAAAGUGCAAAAGACACUCUGCUGUUACUGUUGAAGAGUCUGCCCAUGGGUUGCUACUUCAAUAUCUAUGGAUUUGGCUCGUUUUGAGUCCUUCUUUCCUCAGAGUGUUGUGUAUAAACAGAAAACAAUGAAUCAGGCUCUGAAGAAAGUGAAGGAAAUGCAAGCAGACAUGGGCGGCACAGAGAUUUUACAGCCUCUAAAACACAUCUACAGUCAGCGCUGUCACCCUGAUCACCCCAGACAGCUGUUCGUCUUCACUGAUGGAGAGGUGGGAAACACUAAAGAGGUGCUGGACCUGGUGAAAAGUCACGCUCACUCUCACAGGUAA